ACUUUGACUGCGCGCCCUGCAUGCUAAUUUGGACUUUUUUUUUAUUUUCUUAUAUUGUCGUUUGUCUAUUGCGCGUCCGUCACGUGCGUUUUGAUUUGCUAUAAAAAUAAAUCGAAAACGAAGACAUGUCAUCAAACACAGUUUCGCUCUUCAAGUGGCAACUCCAAAAAGCAAUCAGAAAUCCCUCAACAUGUUCAAAUACACCGUUGUCCUCUGCGCCCUGGUCGCCUGCGCCGCCGCUAAGCCAGGACUACUGCACACACCGCUGGGUGCUCCAGCUGCCAUCAUUGCUGCACCCGCUCCUGUGGUAACAGCCACCAGCAGCCAAGUGGUAGCCAGGAACUUUAAUGGCAUCGCUACUGCGCCCGUGAUUGCAGCUGCUCCAGUUGCCGCUCCAAUCGUCAGAGCUGUGACACCAUUUGCUGCUCCUCUGGCGGCACCGACUUUUGCUCAUCCCCUGGCUGCGCCGCUCAUUGCCAAGUACGCGGCUGCUCCUCUGGCGGCACCGACUUUUGCUCAUCCCCUGGCUGCGCCGCUUAUUGCCAAGUACGCGGCUGCUCCUUUAGCAGCGCCAAUUGCUGCUCCUCUGGCUUCCCCAGCCUUCGCCAGGUACGCAGCUCCGUUUGCCUACAACGCACCGCUGAGCUACGCUGCGGCUCCUGCACCACUUUUCAUUUAAAUAAGAAGACACUGUGAUCCUAUGAAUAAAUUUAAAAAGUA